AUGUCUGAGGGAGGAACGCUCACUGGCUGGUCAAGAGUCUGCGUUGUCAAAGGCACCUACCUGCGGGGAUCCGCUCAGGAGAAGACUGGCGCCAUGGCAGACGCUCUCGCCACUUACUCGUCCGUGAUGCCAUGGCUGUCCUCCACAUCCACCCCCGAGUCAGCCCAAUCUAAGAUGUGGACGGAGAACCUCCUGUCCUCGGAUGCCAGCGACAUCGUCACGCCCACCGACGCCCUACGCACCUACCGCUAUUGGGGAAGACACUGGGAGGCUACCUCCAAGGGCGCAGGGCAUGAGGUCUCCACGGCAGCUCACCACCGGCGUCGGGCUUGGAAAGCCUACUACGACUCGCUUUCCCGCAUCCUACAGCAAGGUCUUCCUUACGAGGCCGAACCUGCGCCAGCCAGCUCAGAGAAGCCUCCUCUUCUCACCCAGACCAGCUUGCGACUCCGCCAAAGAGCAGAAUUGAAGCGGGUCGAGACCGUGUACGAGGGCCUGCUCAUCAAGGAGACACAAUUUCCCCGGGCGAGCGAGAUCAACCACGAGGUGGAAGCAUGGGUCGACUCGGUUAUGGCGAACUGGCGGCUGCUGUGCGGGCCAACUUGGACAGAUGCUGAUCUUGGCGAAGGCGGCAAAGAGGGUGUUAUACUCUACCGUGCAGCUACCAAGACCUUUCACUCCACCCAAGUCCUGCGCAACCUCUUCGUCGUACAUGCAUCGCUAGCCGAGUUCGACUUGGCGUUCAAGGCCUACGACUCGUACGUCGAAAUUAUAACCCGAGGCAAAGACCGUGUCGAGAAGUCGGGCGAGGCAGUUGAGGGCAUCGAUGAUGACAGCACCGUGCUAAGGACUUCGGCAGAAGCAGUGCGACUGUUGUGCCGCUUUGGAUCAAGGCACGAGGCGGAGACAGCAUUGGAAAUUGGACACAGCAUUGAGCGAUGGCUCGAACAGUCGGAACAUAUUAGGUCGGCCUCUGAUGCUGGAUCAGUGGCUUCGGUGGACACCAUAGUCGAGCCGACCGCAUUGGCCGCUGCGUUUUGCGCCAUCGGCAUCAGCCAGGCUCAUUGGGCCCGACACACAUACGAAGUCGAGCAAAGAGCCGUUUUCCAGGCCAAAGCCGUACAACACCUGCGCCAAUCUCUGUCACCAGGUCUCGGCGAUUCAAAUAAUGUCGACGCCCUAUAUGCUCUCGCACUGGUCCUUGCAGAGACACGAGACAUCCCGGGCGCCAUCAAGGUCGUAAAACGUGCACUUUCGCCCGCAUCAAAACCCUCGACUUCCGUGAGCGCUGACGGUGUGCUUUCCAACGGUGUGGCAAGUGAAUAUGGCCGGGAGCGAAAGCUGAUCCCAUUGUGGCAUCUGCUUGCUCUACUGCUGUCUACUAGGGGCGACUUUGUUGCGGCUGAGAAGGCUUGUGAAGCUGCGUUCGAGCAAUUCGGUCCCCCGACUACACUCUUCGGCAACGAUGAAAGCACGUAUCGUAGUGAGCAUUUGAACCAGAGCACUGGCAAAGAUUCUCUCGGCCGCGGUAUCGUUGAUCGGAUGGAGGGCUUCGAGAAGAGUGGUAUCUUGCAGAUUAAGAUGACGCAACUGGCCCUACUGGAGAUGACGGAAGGCUCUAUCGCUGCCGUUGAUGAAUGCAACGAGCUGCUUGCAUUAUACAGUCGAUUGUUUGGCGACCCAACUGGCCAAAAGCUGACACUCGAUGCAUCUACCACUGUCAUGGCGCCUCCGAAAAGCGCCAUCGGCACAGUUCGGGGAAGCAUAUUCCGCGGCCGUGGCUCCGUGAAGACUUCACCUCAAGAACCUUCUGCAAGAAAUUCGUCGGUGCUCAGCUCCAAGGGCUCUACUGCUGCGACACAGUCUGGCACAGCUCCUGCAAUCCAAGUCACUGAAGAUGAUGGCACCACGCAUGGUAAUGGCCAUCGUCACCAUUUGUUCCAUAAGCACGGAAAGCAGGAUGAAAGCUCCACUGGCGUCUCACGAAGCAACAGCAAGAAGUUACAGAAGCGCAGCUCCGCCAGUCUGCGGAGACAAUCCAUUCCAGACGCUAAUCAAGCACCAGAAGUACCCCCUCUACCAGAGCAUGCUGUUAAUGGCGCAGUAGCACAAGAAAAUCUCUCGCCAAGCAAGUCUGUCGAUUCCCGCGAGCAACCAUUGCGAGCAAUCCCACACAACAUGAAUCACUCUUCGCCACCACUCGAUCACAACAAGCAGCCGCCCAGACAAGAUAUGCGGUUACCUGCGCCUUUCCCAAGUACGAAUUACGUGCCAUCCGAUCCACGCUUUUCGAAGAUCCAGGAACGGCGGCAAAAGGUAUCUCUACUAAGUGAUAUCUGGCUAUUCAUCUCCGGCCUUUAUUCUCGCGCUCUGAUGUUCCAGGAUGCAAGAGAAGCUGUUGCGGAGGCUAUGAAACUCGUUGAAGCAUUUGAGGCUGAGGUAUCGCAAGAAUCGUCGACGGCAAAAUCAUUGGCGCAGAAGGGAUGGGGCGGCGGGAAGAGCGUGGAGGAGCUCUGGGCGGACGCUUUUUCUGCGGUAACUAAGACAUAUCAGCGAGGCGAAUUGCUGCUUGCCCAGACAUGGCACCACCAAGCACGAACGGAUUUCGAGCGCGCCCUCCUUCACUUCCCCGAUCAUCCCGCCGGAAUCGUAGGCCUCUCGAACAUCCUGCUCGAUAUCUAUGGCGAAAUCAUACCGCUAGAACCCACUCCAGUAGCACAGUUUACAUCGCCAUCUUCGUCGACUGUUACGCCGUCGGCUCCCAAAGACAGCUCAAACACCAAGUCGCAGCACCUGACGUCACACAUACCUUCCGCCGAGAAUCAACUUUCACCUCCCGUCCUGAACCGCUUGGCAGCUCGCGAUCGCGCCUUUGGACUCUUGUCAACACUGACCAAACUUGGCUCCGGCUGGGACUUUUCUGAGGCUUGGUACGCGCUCGCGAGGGCCUAUGAAGAGAGUGGGCAGAUUGAGAAGGCCAAAGAAGUGCUCUGGUGGUGUGUUGAGCUCGAGGAUACUCAUCCUCUGAGGAGUUGGAAGAGUGUUGGAAUGGUAACUGCCAUGCGCCUCAAUACCGCAAUGGAGACAAUUCCCGGAGAGGAAGACAUCGGUCGUGUAGCAUCAUGGCUCGAGGAUCUGCACAUGGACAGCGACAGCGAACAUGAUGAUAUGGAACCCGCCACCCCGCCGCCCCGAAGGCCCUUUCACAAGCAGUCGUUUGACGAAGUGUCGCCGACAGAUACCACCUUCAGCGGCGGCAGCAUAUUCGACAAGCCCUACCGCCAAUCCCUCCUCCUCGGCAGCCCGGGUCCAUACCGCGACGAUAUCUCGGAUGUCACCAGCGUCGAUGGCGAAGAGCGCGAGCCGAUCAAGCAGCCCAUCUUCCAGAGCACACUUUCACCGACUCACGCUGCAAAUCUCGAAUCCGCCACAGAUCUCGCCGACAAUGAACAACCCCCGAAACGCCUUACGACCGUCCUAUCUUGCAUCCAAUGCACCCUCGCCAACCUCCCGUGCUCCCGCACACCCCCGGUCUGCACCCGCUGUACGCGCAACUCCACGCCAUCCUGCUUGCUUCAGCGCCGCCUGUUCUCGGACGAAAUCGCCAUCGCACCCGCGGAUCUGUGCACGCAGCCUGUUCUGCUCAAACUGGUAAGUGAAAGUGAAGAGGUGUGGGAGGCGAAGAUGGAGGCCAUGCAGGAGCUUAUGGGGGAAUGGAGGGACAGGAAGGAUCGGGAGAAUUGGAUUUGUCCGAGGGUGGAGACGGAGAGGAGGAGGGGAUGGAGGGGUUGGGUUGAGGAGAGAAAGGAUGGAGGGCUGGGCCAGGGAAUGGGAAGGAUGAAGUGUUUGGAGUUGAGGGUUGAGAAGGUAAAGUUCUGA